CCAAUUGAGAGACUAUCAAAGCUAUGCAAAUUGCAGCCUUCCACAAGUGUCUCGGAAGUUAACAAUAUCAAAAAAAGUUGUUUUAGAUGACUCAUGGGAGUCGAUUUGGGAACGAUGACAACUGAUGCAUGAAGAAGCGAUUGGAAUGAAUCCGAAACUUCUCAAAUCACAUCGAAAAAUUUCCAGACUACCCAAUGAGAAUGUUCCGGUAAACAUCUUGAAAGUAACAAUAUUUAUUUAAAUUUUACAUAAUUUAUUUACAUUUGUUAUACCUCUUCUCGUAUUCUUUUGAGCUGUUAAACACAUAAAUCAUGGUAAAACUUCUCAAUAAAUCAUUCUAAUGUACAGUACAGCUCAAAAUAUAAUAUAAAAACACCCAUUGACUACCAUUUCUUUAAACAUGUGGAUCCCGAUUCUCUAUGAUCAGCUCGUCUAUGGUGGUCCAAACGUUCGCCGAGGUAUCCAUGAUCCGAAGUUCGAACCGCUACAGCGUUUUGUUCCGUCCAAGCCGUUGGAUCAGCAGCGGUAGAGGUAGAAUUAUUACCUGGUCGAUCAGAGCCGGCACGAAGAUGACGGUGAAUGGACCGCUUCCUAAUGAGGUUCCGCUGAUUUUGAUUCCUGCUGCUGCUGUCAGGAAGUUCCGGCUGCAUCCGCCACCAGACCCGGUAGCUGGUUGCUCGAAGCUGCUUGGCCCUGCUCGUGCUCUACGGCAAGUUCCCCCAGGAUGUCGACUAUGGAGUUAUCAACUAUAGCAGCUAAACGCUUUCGAUCCACCAUGAAAGUGUAAACAACCGAAAUUUAAGCGAAAAAACUCACGGCUUAGAAAAUUUAAUCGAUCGUUUAAAUUUUUUAACAACAUUUUCUGCAAAAGUUUUCUCAGUGCAAUGCUAAAUUUAAAAAUAAAUAUACUAACGCCCGGUGCGUGAAUGAGUGUGUAUACCAAAACCGGUCCGCUGAAAUGAGCAAAACCGGGCCGCGUAUACUCGCGUAUUGGUGCGUUUGC